AUGACUUCUGCAGAUUUUGUUGAUAUGGAGAACAGCAGCUGCGGCGGAGGGCCUUUCGGUCGCGUGGUGCGGUGGCUGAAGGCGGUGCCGGAGAGGUCAUGGGGUAAGGUACUGGAGGCGGCGAGGGAGGCGAAGAAGCUCGGGGAGGAUGAUCCGAGAAGGAUUGUGCAUUCGUUCAAAGUAGGGUUGGCUCUGACGUUGGUGUCUCUUUUUUUUUACUAUCGACCGCUUUAUGAUGGCUUCGGUGUCGAUGCAAUGUGGGCUGUCUUGACCGUGAUCGUUGUCUUUGAGUUCUCAGUUGGAGCAACCCUAGGGAAGGGUAUAAAUAGGAUGUUGGCAACUUUACUGGCUGGUGCUCUAGCUGUUGGAGUUCAUCACAUAUCAACUCUUUGGGGAGGAGAAGUCGGGGAGCCCAUAUUGAUUGCAUUUUUCGUCUUUGUUGUAGCUGCAAGUGUGACCUUCAUGAGAUUCUUCCCCGCAUUGAAGGCAAGGUAUGACUACGGGAUGUUGAUAUUCAUACUGACCUUCUGCUUGGUUUCGGUAUCUGGCUACCGCGAAACGCAGGUACUAGACAUGGCACACAAGAGGCUAUCAACGAUUGCGAUAGGAAGCUGUACUCCUAUUAUGGUUUGUAUUUGCAUUUGCCCCGUGUGGAUUGGAGUUGAUCUCCACAAUUUGGUUGCUGGUAACAUGGAAAAGCUUGGGGAUUUUAUGGAAGGAUUUGGAUUUGAAUACUUUAUCAUAAAAGAGAAUGGGUUGUCAUUAAGUGAUAAUCAAUCUUUUCUUCAGCAAUAUAAAAGUGUUCUUUCAUCAAAAAGCCUUGAAGAAACCAUGGCUAACUUGGCAAGAUGGGAACCAGGUCAUGGCGGGUUCAAGUUCGGCCACCCAUGGGAGAAGUAUUUGAAUGUUGGAAGCCAAACUCGGCAAUGUGCUUAUAAAAUUGAAGCUCUUAACACUUACCUGAACACUGAUAUCCAAGUGCCCGCUGAAAUUAGAAGCAAAAUUCAAGAACCAUGCAUAGAUAUUUGCACCGAAUCCGGAAAAGCAUUGAAGGAAUUAGCAGCAGCCCUCAAGAAAAUGACUCGGUCAUCAUCAGCUGAUUCCCACAUUGCAUGCUCAAAAGCUGCAGUUGAGAGCCUCAAGUUGUCACUCAAAAGAGGCAUAUGGAAAGAUGCUAAUCUGCUGGAAACAAUACCAUCUGCUGCGGUGGCGUCACUUCUUAUUGAAGUCGUAGCUUGUGUUGAGAAGAUUGCUGAAGCAGUUCACGAACUAGCAUCCGUCGCACAUUUCAAGACUGAACAACCACAAUUACUUCAGGAGCCAGUGCUUUCUGAAGAAUAUCAUGUUGCUAUUACAAUUGAUCGUAAUUCAACUGAGGGGCUACCCAAAAAUGGAAGUUCAGAUGGCAUCACUACUAAUGUUUAA